AUGAACGGUCUCGUCAAUUCUUCCACAGAAUCCGAGGUCAUCGCCGACAUCAUCAUUGUCGGAGCUGGCUUCGGAGGCUGCUACGCCCUGCAUGAGUUACGUAACAUGGGCUACACUGUUAAGCUUCUCGAAGCUGGCAGUGACUUUGGCGGCGUCUGGCACUUCAACAAGUACCCAGGAGCUCGCGUCGACUCGGACACACCUCUAUAUCAACUGAGCUUGCCACAGGCUUGGCGCGGGUUCUCAUUCCGAGAACGUUUUCCGGGCCACCAAGAACUUCGGGAUUACUUUAUGCACAUCGCCGAAGCCCUGGACCUUCGCAAGGAUGCCAUUUUCAACACCAGGGUGAUCGAUGCCAAGUUCAACACCGAGUCCAACGGCUGGGUCCUUCGGGCCGAGAAUGGACUUGUGACCAAGUCUCGGUACGUGGUCUUCGCCACUGGCACAACUAAUAAGCCGUAUAUUCCAAGCUUUCCUGGGAUCCACAGCUUCUCCGGCAAAGUCAUCCAUCCUGCAGCUUGGCCCGACAACCUUAAUUUGAAGGGCAAAAAGAUAGGCUUGGUGGGCCAAGGCGCAUCAGGACUGCAAAUCUUGCAGGAUAUCGCCAAGGAGGACUGCGACGUCACCGUCUUUGUCAGAAACCCGCCCACGGCCCUCCCCAUGAAUCAGAGAUCCCUGUCUCAUGAAGAGUCUGAAGAGCUCAAGAACUCGUAUGAGGCCUUGUUUUACCACGGAAAGUAUCGUGACGAAGCGGGAUACUCAUUCAACACACCGGUCGGUUCGUUCUAUCAUACCACGCCCGAGGAGCGUAGGGAGCGAUAUGAGGAACUGUGGUCGAGAGGAUCAUACGCCUUUCUGGUAUCCAUGUACGCAGAGCACCAUUACGACAAGCAGUCAAACGCCGAACUGUACCAGUUCUGGGUUGAAAAGGUCAGGGCCCGAAUUAGUGAUCCUUCCAAGCGCGACAUCAUGGCGCCUCUGGAGCAAUUUCAAUGGAUCGGCGCCAAGAGGCCAAACCUUGAGAUGGACUAUUACGAAACGCUCGAUCAACCCAACGUCAAACUGGUCAGCCUCAAGAAAUCGACAAUCAAGGAAUUUGUGUCCGACGGUAUUCUCACUUCGACCGAAGGUGUCGACGAACAUCACGAGCUGGACUUGGUCAUAGUGGCUACGGGAUACGAUUCCGUGACCGGAAGUCUCUACGAGAUGAAUGUCACAGAUAAGACUGGUACCAAGUUGAAGGAGAAUUGGAAGGAUGGAAUCUACACGUGGCUCGGGAUGAUGGCUCCUGGGCUUCCAAACGCCUUUAUGCUCUAUGGACCGCAGGCACCCUCGGGUCUAGCCAACGGACCACCUUUCCUUGAGCUUCAGGUGGAAUGGCUAGUCAAGUUCUUGCAGAAACUCGAGAAAGAGAAGGCCACAACUGUCGAGGUUUCAAGCGAGGCUGCAGUAGAGUACCGCCAAAAGAAUAUUGACGCAUAUGGCCACUCGCUUAUGAGCGAAACGCCCUCUUGGUGGAACGGCUCAAACAUUCCUGGCAAGAACAAAGAACCUCUUUUCUGGGUUGGAGGUCUUCAAGCUUGGAGACAGGAGAGCCUGAAGGGAUUGGAGGAUUGGUCGCGAUUUGUCUUGACAAAGAAGUGA